CAUUCGUACUCUUGAUGCAGCAGUUCAACACUUCACAAAAAGUAAUUAAAGUUAGGUUGCUACAGAAUAACUUAACAUUUAACGUGAUGUCAAGACAUCGGCCAGAAUUCAUUAAUUGGUGCAUAGUAGCAUCAUCAUCGACUCUGAAAGUCUACACGGAUGGCAGAUUAGUUCAUUCAUCACCCAUAAACAUUACCAACCAUGGUAUUCUCAUACCACACGCAAGCGAGCUGGUGUUUGGUGGUCGCGUCAAUAUGGAUGGGCUUGUCUAUGUAGCCAUCAGACGUCACGCCAUCACAAAUUUCAACGCAUGGGAUAAACGUCUCUCUGAUGAAACAAUUUACUCCAUGUCAAGUUUUUGUCAUGCUCAGACUGGAUCACUGAUUGUUGCAUGGCCUGAACUAUUGGCGAGAAACAAUUACAAAACACAAAGCGCAGUCGUGUGCGUUGCUGCUGGUAAAGCAACGUGUCCAUUAUCUUCAGAACAUGAUUCUUCGUUUGAGUUGUAUCCAUGUCCACGUGCCUUCUUAUACACAACUAUUAAACAAAGAAAUAAUACUCUAGAGAAUAACAUGUGGAGUGAAGUGGACAAAAGGCAAUGCAUUGGAUGUUGUCUGAUUCGAACGGGACGUCCAUAUCAGACCAAAGAAAGACUCGAAGUGGUAGUCUGUCUAGUAAUGGUACUAGUGGGACGGCCGAUACAAAGCUGGGUGUGCUGA